CAGCCAGGUAUUAAGACAAAUAUGGAAGGAUCUCUCCUGUCAAAUAUCCCAACAGAGGGAGAUAUCAAUAAGAGACAGACGGAGGACAACCAAGAGACAAGAGAGGGAAGGAAGGAAUAUGACCAACUACUCAGACACCUGGAUGCCCAAUUUGAGAAACUAAGAGAGGAAAUACAAGCCAACACCAUGGACAUUAAGAAAGAAUGGUUAACUCUUAAUGUAGGAAUACAUGAACAGAAGAAAUACUAA